AUGUCCGCAGGUUCUACGGAACAGUUGGCUGUUAAAGAUUGUCCAACGUGUCAAAGGCGACGUAUCAAGUGCGAUCGGGGCCUUCCCGCCUGCCGCAAAUGCGGCAAACGCAAUUUGGAGUGCCCUGGCUACGGCCUACAGCUCAAAUGGGUCCAGGGCGUCGCUAGCCGCGGUAGUCUGCGGGGCAGAGCAUUUCCCUCACUCGAUGCUCCUAUUACAGUAUCAGACUCGCCUCCUUCGGAUAUCUUAACAGACACCCGUACUACUGGAAACGGAAUAAAUGCUCUGGAUCGGUACAACCGUUCCAUGACACGUUUCUCACGGGGACCCCUUCCAUCCCCCGCUUCGGAACUUUGCUUAUCGCAAGCUCGACCACUGCAUGUUUCACGGUUGCUCUCCUGGUUCAACGACCGAGUCGCCCAUCGACUUGCGUGGGUUCCGCAACAAAAUGCAUGGCGCCAUAUGAUUCUGCCAAUGGCGGAAAGCUCUGAAACCGUUCUUUCUUCCAUUCUCGCCAUUGCCGCCCAUGAUCUGGCAUCGGAGUACCCUCCAAAUGACCUAGGACAUGGAACAUUCCAGCAGAUGUCGAAAAACUAUCAAAAUAAAUCUCUUGCUCUUUUGGCUCAAGAGUUGAACAGUCUUUCUACAUCUACAUCGGCACUCCAAGCGAGCACAACAUCUGCCUAUACCCUUGCAUCUGUGAUUCUUCUCUGCAACAAUGAGUUUAUGAAACCACAAGGCGCCGGGUGGAGGGUUCAUCUCUCCGCUGCGAGGGAAAUCAUCCUUGCAGCGGGAAACCGACCUUGCCGGCACCACCAGCUGGCCUGUAUCGAACAGUUUCUCAUGUUGGAAUUUUAUGAGGCUUCGGUGUGGGCUGAUUUGACGACAUUUGAUAAUUAUAACAUGGCGAUCAAGUCCCCUCCUGCUAGCGCCGAGAACGCAGUCUUUACCGACUUCAUUCAGGUCAUUGACCACAUCACCCGCCUGGAGCGUCUGAGAUUUUGUUCCGGGACAAUCGAGCAGGCUUCAUCAUACGGCCCGAUGCAAGACAUCCAGUCGCAGAUUGAGUCGGCUAGAAACAACAUGAUGCGUCUCAGUAAAUCUAUUCACUUCUCCUCCAAAGCUGAUCAACAUGGCUUUGAACUGGUAGUGUGGAUGUACUACCACGCAACUAUAAUUUACAGCCAUCAAGCUUUAUCAGAGGAUGCUACUGGUGGUAAUUAUGUGCGCAAGUCUCGGGAUGAAAUCCUCCGCUAUGUACAAUUUCUCUCCGGGACGCGAGACGGCAUGUUCGCCCAGGACCUUGUCUGGCCCCUUUUCAUGGCAGGAACUGAACUCCAAGGACAUCCUACCGGUCAAAGGAUCAUUCAGGAAUGUUUUGGUAAUGUCAUGCGUAUCAGCCGCACUCUGGAUAGAGCGCGUGUUCUUUCGUUCGUUGAGACCUGGUGGAACGACCCUGGUACUCACACAUCUUGGAUUGACAUGGCUCGAAAGCAAUCUCAAUCUUCGCAGUGUGACAUUCUUAUUGUAUAA